UUAUAUUUUUUUUAAAAAAUUACACAUAUAGUUUAAUUAGUGCUUUAAUAAUAAGUAACAUUUCGUCCUGGGAGAUCACGUAAAGCAUAUGGUUUGGACAAUAUUCACCCAAUCCUCCCGAGUAACUACAACGAUUUUGGACAAAUACUACAAGAAAAUUUACGGUUUGCGAAUAAGACGAGAUAUUACACAAAAAAUUCGUACUGUGUAAACAGCAAUUACAUAUGAUUCGUAAAGCGAAACAUCUGGGCAUAGUCUAAUCAUUUCUUUUAGUUGGAAAAAAAGUUUUGGAUCUGUGCUUGGUGGCCUUUUAGAGAAUAUGGCAUGUUACUUACGACAACCCCGACUUUGGUAUACAAUAUAACCAUCAUGGAGCAUUUCUAUCGACCUGUUCUAGCCAUGGUUCAACGCCAUGAAUGUCCGUUAGGCUUUGGAUUUCGGUAGAUUCUUUUAGCUGUUUCCCUCAUUUCGCUGGCGUCAGAAAUUGACGGGAAUCCAAAAUGUUGCAUAAAAAGUCGUUUUCAUGUAAAGAUAAAAAUUCACCACAUUAAUUCUGUGGAUGUUCAAUUGAGCAAUCAUGAAAAGGACACUUAGAUGGCAUAUUUUGGCAGCAUAUUAACCUUUUGUUUCUUUAAAUCGUACCAAGGAAUCGGUGAAAUAGUCUCAAAUUAAGCUCGAUAGGCUUGUCCAAAUUACAAUUGCUAGACGGUAUUAAAAUCAUCAUAAAGUUCCUAAAAUAAAAUAAAUGUAAAACCUUCUUAUAUCAGAUAUGGCUUAAAAACACCCCCUGAUUAUACCUUAAGAACAUAGUAAUACAAAAUAAUACACACGUCAACAGUUAGACCAGGUUUUAUUUGUAUUUAUAAUAAACGAUACAGUCCUUAAAGUAACAGAUGCCAUAGCCCGUUUGUACCCAGAAUACAUAGUUAUGCCUAGCACAGAAGAAGAGCUAAAACAAACCGCAAUGAAAUUUUAUCAAAUUGCUCGAUUUCCACGUGCUAUUGGAGCCGUAGACUGUACUCAUGUACCGAUGAAGUCUCCAGGAGGAGAGAAUGCAGAGAUUUAUAGAAACAGAAAGGGAUACUUUUCAAUCAACACCCAAGCUAUCUGUUCUGCUGAUCUACUAUUUACUGACGUUGUUGCACGUUGGCAUGGGUCUGCCUAUGAUUCGCUUAUUUGGGACAAUAGUAAUCAACGCAGACAUUUUCUUCAUAGGAAAUAUGGAAAUUACUGUCUACUUGGUGAUUCAGGAUACGCACAAACUGCAUUUAAGAUGAUACCUCUAGAAAAUGUGACAUCUCCUAUGCAAUCUUUGUACAAUGAGUCACAGAUCAGAACUAGGAAUGUUAUUGAACGCACCUUUGGUAUUUGGAAGAGAAGAUUUCCUAUUGUUAGCAGAGGUAUUCAAGUCAAUUUAAGCAGGAUACCCGGUAUAAUCGUCGCUACAUGCCUGUUGCAUAAUAUUGCUCGUCUGCAAAAUGACCUAGAACCACCUGUUCACCCAGAUUAUCCUCCUAUAUUGGACAAUACAGCCGAUGAGAUUGCAGUGUUACCUAACAAUAGAUCAGGUCCAAAUACGGCAGGACAUAAUGCUCGUCAAGUGCUGAUUGAGCAACACUUUGGGAGAUUAGGUUAA